AUGUCUUCGCGGUCGCAGGGCGCUGACGACGCCGCGUACAACGCGCGAAAGUUGGCGCUGCUGCCGGCGCUCAUUGGCAUGAAGGGUCUCCUGAACCACCACAUUGCCUCCUUCGACCACCUCAUAAACGUGGAGCUGCAGCGGAUCCUUCUGAACGAGUCCAACCGGGAGAUCAAGAGCGGCAUCGACCCCGACUUCUCCAUUCGGUACACGAAUAUCCGCGUGUGCCGGCCGCGCGAAAUUGUGGGGAAGGGACAGUUGCCAAAGGCAGUUUCUCCCCAUGAAUGCCGGGCCCGCGAUCUCACUUAUCGUGGGGACAUGAUUGUGGAUGUGGAGUACACUGGCCGCGACCGCAGCAAGCGGCCCUGCAUUGAGACCGAUAUUAAAAUUGGGACUAUUCCCAUCAUGCUCAAAUCGAGUUCAUGCAAUCUCUUUGGCAAGAGCCGGGAGGAGCUGGUUGCGAUGCGGGAGUGUCCACUUGACCCGGGCGGCUACUUCAUUAUCAAAGGGGUGGAAAAGGUCUGCCUGGUGCAGGAACAGCAAAGUAAAAAUCGUGUCAUUAUUGAGGCAGAUGACAAUGGCAACAUCGUGGCCCACGUGCAGAGCAAGACACACUACUCCAUCUCCAAGUGCUCCGUGACGUUCAAAAAGGGACGCAUUGUUAUGGUGCAUCGCUCCUUCAAGGAAGACAUUCCGAUUGUGGUGAUGCUCAAGGCCCUCGGCAUGGAAAGCGACCAGCAAAUUGCUCAGCACAUUGGUACAACGCCUGCCUUUGAGAGUGUGUUGUUCGCCUGUUUUGAACAGGCUGCUGCUCUGGGUGUGAAGACCCAAGACGAUGCAUUACACUUCAUCGGGGAGAGGCGGAAGGAGACCUCGUGGGAGGUGGAUGAUGCACAGCAGCGACACAUCCAGAAAUCGAAGGCGGACAACGCGGCGGAAUUUCUUGGGAACGUCCUCCUGUGCCACAUCCGGGAGGGAGAAGUGCAGCGUGAUUGGAACUUUCGCCACAAGGCACUCUACGUUUGCUUCAUGGUGCGACGCAUGAUUGAGGCGAGCGUGGACUCCUCUCUGCUGGACGAGCGGGACUUUUACGGCAAUAAACGGUUUGAAACAACAGGAACACUGAUGGGUCUCUUAUUUGAGGACCUCCUGAAGCAAUUUAAUCGUGUGGUGAGGACGGCUGUGGAUCAGCAGCUUUCCAAGAAGGAUACGACGAAGCCGUUUAAUCUGAAGCAGCUCAUGGAAAGUAAAUUGGAGGUUAUUCAGGGCGGGAUGCGUGUGGCUUUGAGUAGUGGUCGAUGGGAACUCAAGCGGUUUAACAUGAGCCGCCAAGGCAUCACGCAGGUUCUCUCACGACUUUCGUACAUUGCCUGCAUCGGUAUGAUGACCCGACUGGCCUCAUCGUUUGAGAAGAGUCGAAAGAUUAGCGGGCCCCGCUCACUGCAACCGAGUCAGUGGGGGAUGGUGUGUCCGUGCGACACACCCGAGGGAGAAAGCUGCGGUCUCGUCAAAAACUUUGCCAUUUUAAGUCAAGUCACGCUGGACAUGGAUGACUCUUUUGUCAGGGCAGCGGCGCACAACUUGGGGGUAGAAGAAGUGGACUCCAUCAGUUCAAGGGAAUUUCUCAAUUACUACACAGUGUUUCUAAACGGAACACUUAUUGGCAUUCACCGUUACCCCAACCGCCUUUGCAGGGGGGUGCGUGUGCUGCGACGCUCUGGGCGGCUGCACCCUCAUGUUUCUAUUGCCAUCAACGAUCGUCAGAAGAGUGUGCAAAUUGGAUGCGAUGGUGGCAGGAUCGUCAGGCUGUACAUUGUGGUGAAUGACGCAAAGCCUGCCGUUACUUCAGCCCACCUGGAUCAGCUGUCUGCGGGAAAAUGCUCCAUCAAUGACUUCUUGGCCGAGGGGUUGGUGGAGUUCAUUGACGUCAAUGAGGCCAAUGACUGCCUCAUCGCCGUCUAUUCGAAGGACAUUGAAACGUACACCACUCAUUUGGAAGUUGAGCCACUUUCUCUCUUGGGAGUUGUCGCUGGCAUUAUUCCGUUUCCGCACCACAAUCAAUCGGCCCGAAACACGUUUCAGUCAGCGAUGGGUAAGCAGGCGCUGGGUACAAUUGCGUACAAUCAGUACAUUCGAACGGACACUGUGCUUAUGCUCGGUGCCUACCCCCAGCGACCGCUCUGUCGAACAAAGGCGAUGAACCUCACCAACUACGAAAAACUGGGGGCGGGCAUAAAUGCCAUGGUGUGUGUGAUGAGCUACAGUGGGUACGACAUCGAGGAUGCGCAGGUGUACAACCGAUGCUCACUGGAUCGCGGCUAUGGCCGCUGCAUCGUUCUCCGAAAGCAAGAAGUGGACCUGGAACGGCUCCCCAAUGGCGAGUAUGACAUUGUUCUUCCCCCGGAUUCUAACACCGGCAAGUACAGGGCCCUGAACAGCGACGGCAUUGCCAGCAAAGGCGCCAUUGUUCGUCAGUUUGACAUCCUAGUGAACAAGUACACCCCGCUGGCGUCGUCGGAGCCCCGGCCCAAUCCCCUGGUGUACAAGUAUCCACAGCCCGCCGUUGUGGAUCACGUGGUUAUUUCCCCUCCUGGCGACUCCGAGCGUUCGAUGGACGUGGAACAGAAAAUUAAGGUUGUUACACGGGAAUUUCGUAUUCCGGAGCCGGGCGAUAAGUUCUCCUCACGACACGGUCAGAAAGGCGUCGUGGGUCUUAUUACCGAUGGCGUUAACAUGCCCUUCAAUGAAAAGGGCAUAAGCCCAGACAUGAUUAUGAACCCUCACGGCUUUCCAAGUCGAAUGACAGUUGGCAAACUGCUGGAGUUGGUUAGCUCAAAGGUAAGCACUCUUACGGGUAACUUUGGCGACGGCACAGCGUUUGGCGGCGACAAUGCGGAGGAUUUGGGCGCUCAACUGUUAAAGAACGGCUUUAACUACCAUGGGAAGGAUGUGUUUUACUCCGGCAUCACAGGAGAGAUUAUGCAGGCAUACGUGUUUUUUGGUCCCAUUUACUACCAACGCCUCAAACACAUGGUUACCGACAAAAUGCACGCUCGUGCCACUGGACCCCGUUCAAUGUUGACCAGGCAACCAACGGAAGGCAGAUCACGCAGUGGUGGCCUUCGUGUUGGUGAAAUGGAGCGAGAUUGUAUGGUUGGCUAUGGGGCUUCAAAUCUUUUGAACGAAAGGCUCCUCCUUAGCUCGGACCUUUUUACCGUGGAUACCUGCCGCUCCUGCGGAUUCUUGGGUUACUGUGGUUACUGCCCUUAUUGUAAUACAAGGAACACGGUGUCGCACGUGAACGUGCCCUACGCGUUCAAGCUACUUCUACAGGAGCUUCAGGGGAUGGGUAUAAGCACACGGCUUUCAUUAGAUUUCAUCGGAAGUCACUAA